AGUAGUGGUGAGCGCGGGCAGGCGACGCGUUCAUGUUGGACGGCCAGGAUGGACAUCUCUGCUCUGCCCAACAACAACCACCCCGAGAAGUUCCUCCAGCUGGACGUUGGGAUGCUGCCGGCCACACGCGGCCUGUUCCAGGUCGGGGCGGCCGUGUCUGGUCACAAACACUGGCAGAACCGAGUCUACUCCCAGAGAAGGUGCAGCAGAGGAGAAGGUGCAGCAGAGGAGAAGGUGCAGCAGAGGAGAUGGUGCAGCAGAGGAGAUGGUGCAGCAGAGGAGAUGGUGCAGCAGAGGAGAAGGUGUAGCAGAGGAGAAGGUGCAGCAGAGGAGAAGGUGCAGCAGAGGAGAAGGUGCAGCAGAGGAGAAGGUGCAGCAGAGGAGAAGGUGCAGCAGAGGAGAAGGUGCAGCAGGUGUCAGUGUGACAGUGAAGUCCAGGAGGGACAGAGUGAGCAGGAGAGUGUCAUUGAAACGAAAGUGGGCUGGAAAUUGUCACUGUCUUCACAGAGGGGGCAAAGGGUUAAGACUGCAGGCUGGUCCCCUGCAUCCCCAGAGGCCCCUCCUGUGGCGUUUGAGGACCGAUACCUGGGGAAGCACAUCACACCAGUCACUCUGAAGGCCAACAUCAAAAGGAACCCUCUGUUUAUAGACAUGAGAGCAAUGGAAGCCGUGGACAACAGGAAGACCAAACCCUCCUGGACGGUCAGGGAGUACGACACACAAUCCGCCCACGGGAACCUCGCCCAUUAUUUGAAGGAGGAAGCCAGUACUCCCAGAGAUCUGGACUUUUGGCUCGAGGAUCUCUACACACCAGGAUUUGACUCUUUGCUGAAGAAGAAACAAGCGGAACACAAGAGAAAAAAACUUUGUAAAAUUGUCUCUCUAAUAGUUUUGUCUGUUUGUGCCAUUCUUAUUGUCAUCAUAGUGCCAGUUGUGCUUCUACAAAAGCAAAACUGACUGAUGAGGACAUUGCCGGUAUAUACUAUGGGGUGGUUACUAUUACACCCCCCAUUACUUGUACAAAGGACACACACACGCUGAAGGGAUGUAAUGUUGUAUUGAAUUUGUUGUUUAGUACAGAUGUUGAAGGCCAGGCCAGCUGUUGACGUUAAUAGUUCUGCUCUCUUUAUAC